AUGGAAUCCCUCUCCCAUCUGACCCCUAUAGAUAGGGAGAUUCUCAACAAGUCAUGGGCAAUCGUUUCGAAAGAUAUGCAACAAGUGGCUGUCAACAUAUUCCAGAUGAUAUUCGAGCAGGCGCCCGAUGCGAAACUCAUGUUUUCUUUUAUGAUGAAGGAUUAUAAAGAAGACAAAAAGAGCAAUGAAUUCAUCUUCCAUGCUGUCAGGUUUUUGCAGGUGAUCGAGUCCACCAUGACCCAUUUGGACGACCCAUCCCAGCUGGAUGCAGUAUUUUUGAAUCUUGGCAAGAUUCAUGCGAAGCAUGAAGAGCAACUUGGGUUUAGCGCCCACUACUGGUCGGUAUUCAAAGAAUGUGUACUUUUUCAUUUCCGGAAGGCGAUGAAGGCGCAUAAUAAAUUUUCGAAACACAAAGAAAUGUCGUUCGCUGAAAUCGACUCGGCUAUCAUUUUGUGGAGAGAAGUGCUCCGUUUCAUUAUCGAUCGAAUGAAAGUUGGGUACUGUGAGUCGGGAGCCAUCAGAAAGUCUAAUAAGCAGGCCAUCAACGGUCAGCACUCGAUCAGUGGCGACGACUCGCAUCUUUCCUUGGAAACGAAACAAGACUUGACUCAGGUGAAAUCUUACCACUCGAAUACCCCGAAAAACACUAAAAACGCAUCGUCGAAUCGCAUGGCUUCUCGUCAUUCUGUAGCAGCUAUCCGUCCGAAUGGCACCGCCCAAGAGCCCACCACCACCACAUGCAGUAUUCUGAAAACGAUUGCGUCGAUGUCGCCGAAGUGUGCCCUCCGCCGUCGCGAGCUCUCCAUCAUUGUUCCAGAAUACUUUAUUUGUCGUCGCAAGUCAGAUGUGGACGUCUCUGAUCAAUCCUCCUCGCCAUCUUCUUAA